UUCGUGUUCCGCUAAAAGGUGCCACUUGAAUGGUCUAAAGUUUUAAAUAUUCGCUUCAAUUGUGCUGACAAAAUGUACUGUAAAGUUUAAACAGAGUUUUCGUUUCGAUGGAAUCGCAGUUCAGUGACAGUGACAGUGAGAAAAACCACUUGCGGAAAAGUUCUACGGACGACGCUGGGAUAAUGUGAAGUUCCUCCGCUGUUGGAAUAAAUAAGUAAACAAACGUUUAUUCAUCGUCGGUACUGCAGCGGAAACAUUUGCUUUGCUCGAAACCAAUGGAUGUCAACUGAGCGCUGGGUGGAGCAGUUGAACCCGUAAAUGGCUGUGAUAAAACAUCUGAGUUAAAUUUAUACGCAUAACCUAUCAGAGGGAAGGAACGCUUCGAGUCAAAUUCUAGUUUUAAUAUUUACUAUAAUGGAGGCGGCAAAUUCGACACUCGACGCACCAAACCAAACGGCAAUCAGCAGCAUGCAAAUGCCCGAACUAGCGCCAAUCAAGGUUCACUGUCUGAGCAAACCUUUUCAAUGCACAGAAUGCGACAAACAAUUCCGGCAGCUGAGUACGUUGACUAAUCAUAUGAAAAUCCAUACUGGUGAUAAGCCAUACAAAUGUCCUGUAUGUGCUAAAGAAUUUCGACAAACCACCACGCUGUCCAAUCAUUUAAAAAUACACACAGGGGAAAAGCCAUUUCAUUGCACCUACUGCGGUAAACAAUUUCGACAACUAAGCACACUUUCCAAUCAUCUCAAAAUACAUACGGGCGAGAAACCGUAUGAGUGUUCCGUGUGUGGCAAACAAUUCCGACAGAGCAGUACACUGAACAGCCACAUCCGAAUUCACUCGGACGAUAAGUUCUCUGUGAAACCUUUCAAAUGCAAUGUUUGCCCCAAGGAAUUUCGCCAGAUAACAACGCUGUCAAACCACCUGAAAAUUCACACCGGUGAAAAACCUUACUUAUGUUCGUACUGCAAUAAAAGUUUUAGACAAACCGGAACCCUUUCGAAUCAUCUUAAAAUCCAUACCGGCGAAAAGCCGUACGAGUGCUCUGUGUGCCGAAAACAGUUUCGACAGUCUAGUACGCUGAAUUCUCACAUUCGAAUCCACGCGGAGGACAAGAUCUGUAAAAUUUCCCCCCCUCCGCUGCCGAACACCGUGACCACCAUUACGAUGAAGCUCGAAGACAUCAAGCCGCCGCUGUAUACAAUGAUUUAAGUAGAUACCUAUAAUCUCAACAAGUGCUUGCUGUACUGUGCCGCCGUUGCCGACCGAUUAGUUUUACGAACCCCCCCACAGAUACGUAUUGAUUGUACAGCAGCAAAAGGCUCAUUCUCUGUGUUAUCCUCAGACUCGCCAGCUCAGCUCCGAGAGUUGAUCCACACUGAUUUCAUUAAGGUAGUUAGUGAUUUGUUUCGUUUUUUUGUAAUUCGCAUUCUUCAAAAUGUGGUUUUAUCCAUUUCAAUCCGGUUGAACUAACAUUAACAGUUUUCGAUAGUGGCUGAAAUUUACUUCGCGAUGAUGUGAACGAUGAUGUACAAUGUAAAUGAGUGGUCAACGAAUUUGGCUUUGUUUCGCAUGGGUACGUAGCAUUAAAAUACGUAUGAACAAGUUUAAAAUUGGAACAUUGUAAUAUACCCGUCGACCAGCAUAUGUAAAAUUGUCUUUUCCGCUAGUUUGUUGAUUCUAUUCAAAAGACAGACGUAAUUUUUGUGGGAAACCUCGCCGAGGGUGUAUCAUUGUGCUAGAAUUCAUAGAGGGAUAGAUUUUCUGAAAAUUUCAAAGUUGAGAAUUAAUUUUUUUAUUAUUAGGGCCUAUUUUAAACCAGAUUUAAUAAGGAGCUAGAUGCAUAGUCAAUGAUAAACCUUUGUACCUUUGAUUUCUGUUUAACUGUGAUUAGUGUAAUGCUCGAAUUGUUUUGAAACUGGUGAAUGAAACAAAUUCGGUCAUUGUAAAACCCAUGAUAAUUUGUUUUUUUUUUGUUUAAAAGAGAACAAGAUUUUGCAAACAUACUUUUAUUUCCAAAUUUCUGUAAAAACUUGAACAAUCAUCUCAUUCUGGUUACCUGGAAAAGGUGCCGAUUGAAGCAAAUAUGGAAAGGCCACACCACUGAACGUCUGCAUCAAUAAUAAUAAUUUGAUUGCUUUAGCAGACACAACCGAAAAUAAGAAAGCGAAAAAUUAGACCGGCAUUUGUUUCAGUUUUAAUUUCGUAUAAUCAAUUCUAACCACUUACGUGUACGAGCUACUGCAGAUUAAGACCUAUACGUUGGAAGCACGAGAGUGAAAUUACAGUCCGCGACGACAGCGUCGUCAUUGUCGAUAAUAAAGUAUGGCGAACAACUGAACUUUAAAAACAUUACAGUUAGUGCUGAAAGUUAAAAGGCAAAGAUUCGAAACGUAUCUCCUACAGGGCCAUAAUUAUAUUAUUAAAAAAUAUGAAUUACGAAAAACAAAUUAUUGUACUGUGUAUUAUUAUACAUGAUAACAAUUAUAUAGUAAAACAUUGAUUAAAAGUAAACUCUGAUGCAGAAAUAAAAAGGCAAAAGUACAGAACCGGACAUACCGGGGAGAAAAAGAAAAACAAAAAUUCAACUAUCAGUGCACCAGCUUCAGUAGAGCUUCCCUGGGUACUUUCACGAGCGGGGUUUGUGAUAUUCAAGGAAUGAUCGGGUAAUAAAGUCAUUAAAGAGCAUGUCGUGUAAAUAAAGAAGCCAAAAAACCAAUACUUUGGGUAUCAUCAUUCGAAUUUUCAAAAGUCGGCUAAAAAAUUCCUACUACUAACGAAAGGAACCGAAAGGAAGCCCCGGUGCGGGAAAUUAAUUUAUUAACCAUCAAUCAAUGUUUGCAAUCAGGUGUAGACCAAUCGUUAGAGUGGUCAAAAGAAGAACAAGAAGGAGGAAAAUUGCUUCAUACAUCGUUUUGAACCACUCGCAAACACGUACCACAUAACUACCAUACACAGAGCAGAGCAGAGAGUAAAAUAUGUACUGUAGAUGAAGAGGUCAGGUGCAGCGGAUACACACUGUUCCUAAUAAGCAUCCUUAGUCAGAUAGCAAGGCAUAAAUGAAAUAAUGAAUCCUUCACGGAAAGAGGACGCACACGGAAAGGUAGACGAGUGUGACUCGUCGGGUUUUUCGAACAAUUUCUCAAAAAUACAGGAAUGAUAACUCUAGCAUCGAGGGUAAACGGCUAAAUAUUUGAACUGCAAGAGAGCGUACGAGCGUAAAUGCUAUAUAUAUUCUGCGAGAACGA